GGAUGAGUGGGGGUGAGGCCACGAGGCUCCUCCCGCUGCAACUCCCAUCACCCGGGCUGGAAGUUGGAAGCCACCAACUCGGGUUCUACAUCACCAACUCAGCAUCGCCAUCGCUGUCGGCGCUUGUCACCAUCCGUCUGGAACGCCCUCGGCCGCGCCCAACCCUCCCUCCUCCCGCUUGACUUUCGCCGCCCAUCACGUCGAAGCCAAUCAUCGAUACGAUUCGACUCGACUCGACUCGACUCAAUUACUGCUGCUGCUGCUUCGGCUGGACCCCUUUUUUUCCCCCAUCGAAUCUGACCCCCCCCCCCCCCUCCUCACUCAUCUCAACUCACACGCUCUCUCGCCCUCGCUCGUCUGGCCCUCGCUUCGCCCCUCGGCCACCGCCGCCGCGUGCCCGCCCAGCUUCCCGCCUUCCAACUGCAUCCCGCCCCGCGUUGCCUGCUUGUCCCGACGGCGGCACAACGAACCGUUUGGGUCGCAUCCACCUCUCGUCUGCUUCGUACAUUACAUACAUACAUACAUACAUACAUACUACCGGCUUCUGCCCCUUCUGUCGGCCUGGCCCGGCAAGCCAUUACGUUUUCCGUCGUCGGCAUUGACCCCAACGGCAACAACACCCCUUGGUUACGACAGAGCCUCUCGCAGCUCCCAGACAGAGCCAGACAGAGCCCGCCCGACCCGACGCGAGCCCGAGCACCGCCGCCCGACGUCGAAGUGCGCCAGCCUUGUGGCAUCGCCUGCCCGACGGAAGCCUUCCCACGACCAAGUCACACCCAAUCCGGCGCCUCCUCAUCGAUCCUACCGCUUCGAUUGCUGCGUAGCUGCCCCGCGACACCUUCUGUCGCUGCCGCCGCCUGCGCCUCUGUCACCGACUCCGACUCCGCUCGACCUCCAGGACAUCGUCGUCCCCCUCCCCUCCCCUCGCCUCUUUCUCCCGCUUCCGCCAGCCCACCAUGUCCAACCUCUUCUCGGGAAUAAACGCCCGCUUCCGUGGCGGGUCCAGUAAACCCCCUGGCCAGCAGAAGAGCCCGUCUCCCUCGACGGCCGGACCGCCAGCGGCGCCUUCGCCCGACAACCUCUCACAGGCCAGCCAAUCCUCCACAAACCUUGCCCCCAAGGUUCCCCCGCUGCCAAACUCCCCAUCACUCGCCCAGACCAUUGGCAUGGACGAGUCUAGCGGCGUCAUGGCGAGCGGCGACGACAUCAUCAACUCGUAUCAUCUCCCUCGACCCCUCCCCCUCUGGGUCAAUGGACAGUAUAUCAAGCAUAUCGUCAAGGGCAACUUCAUGACCCUCAGCGCCCGGCCAAAGACCGUCGAGCAGGGCGAGUGGAUCGCCCAUCAGAUCGUUGAACAUUACCGAAAUCUUUGGAACUUUGUCCGCGUCGUCCAUGAGAAGGAGGACAACGGGACCUCCAUUUGCAAUGCCACGACGUGCCCGCGCAUGUCUGCAGGCGGCAACCACUCCUUCACUUGGCUCAACAAGGACAGGGAGCCCGUCGAGCUGCCCGCCUACGAGUACAUGACGCUGAUGCAGCGAUGGAUCUCCGGUAAGAUUGACGACACCAACAUCUUCCCGACCGAUGCCUCUGGGGUGUCGUAUGCGCAUAAUCCGGCCAUUACGACAACACCCCUUUCCCAGCUGUCGAACCCUGGCGAGCCGGAGUGGAUUGGGAAGCGGUCCGGCUUUCCAGAAAAGUUCGUCGACGUGUGCCAGAUGAUCUUUCGCCAGAUGUUCCGCGUCUACGCCCACCUUUACUGGGCCCAUUUCACGGAACCCUUCUACCACCUCAACCUCGAGAAGCAACUCAACAGCUGCUUCUCCCACUUUGUGUUGACCGCCACGGCGCUCGACAUGCUUCGGGCGCAGGAGCUCGAACCCAUGCAGCCCCUGCUUGAUAUCUGGGCAGCCAAUGGCACGUUUCCGCCCGAGUCCAAAGCCUAUGAAUACGCCAACCUCCGUGCUGGCGAGCGACUUCUCGAGAUGGCUGGGGUUGAACUCGAAAGCCGGUGAAGGGGUUCUCUCGACAGGGAUGACAUGUACCAUUGGAGGUAGAAGGAAGGGUUGAAGCAACGAGACACGCUGUGUAGAUGGAGGAAAUUGGCAUAUAAAUGGUUGCAUUGCCGGGCGAGGAUUUGCGUCAAGACCCGUUCGCUGCAGUAACGACGGUUGUACAGUUUGCAGCGCUCUAUGUGUAGCUCAACAUCUCUGGAGGGAAGCGGGUAGAAGUAUAUCGAGCAAGAGACGGCAUGGACACGGGCGAAUCAUGUCUCCAGCACGGUGUGAUGCACGACGAGCGGCUGCAUAGGCCCGUAGCCUUGCGGAA